CCCCCGUUUUGCAUUUUUCUUUGCUCAACAUAGCUAGUGCAAAAAAUAAUUGCGGGAUUCCCACUUUUGGCUUUUUGUGUAGAAUCACGAAUGUUUAUGCGAAUUUGUUCAGUUUGUGUGUUGAUUUCGAGAGUUCGGACAUGUUUACUUAUGAAAUGGCGCACUUGAAUGAAGACGAGAUACGAGAAGUGCUCUGUGCAGAAAGUGUAUCGGAUAUCUCAGAUUGCGAUAUUGAUUAUAAUUCGGAGAAUUAUGAAACAAAUGAGUCUGAAACAGAUAGUGAACCGGAACCCCUCUUAACUCCAAGUGGCUCUGUUGAUUCCUUAUUUAUUGCUAAAAACAAAAUGGUAUGGAGUGCCACACCAUUACCUCAGCAUAUUGGAUCUGCGAUUGAGAAUAUUAUUUCAACACAACCAGGACCAACUCGAUUUGCAGUGUCCAGAUGCCAUGACAUUGUCUCAGCUUUUUUGUUGUUUUUUCCGCCUCCAAUAGAAAAAAUUGUGAUAGAAAAUACUAAUAAGUACGACAGAGUCAAGUUCGACGACAAAUGGGGCGAUAUUGAUGAUGACAUAUUGUGUCGGUGAGUACAUUCUUGUUUUUCUUAUUUUAGUAAAAUAUUUUACUAAUAUAAACUUACUCAAUGACAGCGGCAAAAAUGAAGAUGUUCAUGGUUUAUUUGAUUCAAAAUUUGGUCGCCCAAUUUUCCGAUCAAUUAUGUCUGAAAAUCAUUUCCACAAGAUUACUAGUGCGCUUCGUUUCGAUGAUGUUUUGAGUCGACAACAAACGCGUAGUAGCGAUAAAUUUGCUCCUAUUCGUGACUUGUGGGACCGUUGGCAACAAUUUCUUCCAAUGUUCUACAACUGCCAUGAAAAUGUCACGGUUGAUGAGCAACUUGUUGCAUUCAGGGGGCGAUGUUCUUUUCGACAGUUUAUGCCAUCAAAACCAGCAAAAUAUGGUUUGAAGUUUUGGUUAUCCGUGGACUCAAAGUCCGGCUACGUAUGGAAAAUACAACCAUACCUUGGUAAACCUAGAAAUGCUAAGCCCGAAAAGAACCAAGGAGAACGCGUUGCAUUGGACUUGACAGACGAUUUGAAAGGGCAAAAUAUAACAGCUGACAAUUUUUUUUCCACAUUUGAGUUGGUAAAAAAACUUCAUGAGAGAAAACUUACAUAUGUGGGAACGGUUCGCAAAAACAAAACUUUCAUUCCUCCGAAAUUGCUUACUGUGAAGAAUCUUCCAUUGUACAAAUCUACAUUUGCAUUCAAUGACAUUGCGACAUUAGUAUCAUACAUCAGUCACAAAAACAAAGCAACUAUAUUGAUUAGUACAAUACACAAAAAAGAUAAAGUUGAUGAGAGUGGACCGAAGAAAAAACCAGAGAUUGUUUCUUAUUACAAUUCAACAAAAGGUUUACUACAAAUAGUUUUUUGCCUGCCAAUAAUUUUUUAUGUUUCAUAUCUUUAGGUGGCGUUGAUACUGCUGAUCAAAUGAUUGGCUCCUACACGACGAAACGCCAAACAAAUCGAUGGCCAAACAUUGUAUUUGCAAAUAUAUUAGAUAUAUCCGCUUUGAAUGCGUACAUAAUUUUUUCCGAAAUCGAUGUUUCAUGGACUCCAGCUUGUCGGAAUCGGAGGAGACCAAAUUUUUUGCGGCAACUUGCACUUUCUUUGGCUGAGCCACAUAUGAUGAAACGCACUAAAUUACCUCAACAACAAUUUUCAGCGCAGUUAUUGAGAGAAAUACGAACACCUUCCACAGCACCAGUGGCCUGCUCUAAAAAUGCUUCUAGUUCAGGACAUCGAAAGCGAGGAAUUUGUAGUUGCUGCAAGUCUAAGUCUGAUGUAAAAUGCUCCAUUUGCAGUGCGUUUAUUUGCAAAACCAACCCAAAAACAUUUUGCUCAUCAUGUAGUACCAAAAAAUAUCGAACAAACUAAUAAAUACUUAUUUUUGGAAAAUUAAUGUAAAGAAAAUCAAAGAAAAUAUACUAUGGACCAAAUGGUCCCUUAACCUAAGAUUCGUAAUUUUCAAUUUAUCUUAGUCCAGUUUUAAGUCAGAGAAUUACACAUAAUAUUGUUUUAUAAAAAGACCACCUGAGCUGAAAAAUUUAGACAGUAUAUAUCAACGUUGCAAAGUUACAAAGAAAACAAAAAAAAAUGGUCUUAACCUUACAGCAGGGUUAAAUAAUUCCGAUUAAAAAUAGAAAAACGUCCGUUCGCGGUAAUAGUCUUUAAUACAAAAGCAUUCUUAUGUAAGUGCAAGUAUGUAGUUAUCAGGCAGGUUCUGGAAUUCACUUCCGAGUGAAUAUCUAGCAAAUUCGUUUUCAAUCCGACAUUUGGUGUUCUGUGUUUCACUUUCACAAUAUCAAUUCCACAUUUUUUCUAAAAUGAAUUCCGAGUGAAUACGCAUGUUCUGGAAAACGAAUUCACAAUAAAAAUGUCGGUUAGCAUUCACUUCAGUUCGAAAUUGUGAAUUUGGUGCGAGCAAAUGUGUAAGUAAAUAAAAACGCUUGAUUAUUGGAAUAAAUAGAGAUUUAAAUAUUUUGUUUUAAAACUGUAACAAGCAAUUAAAGUUAAAUAUUAUUUUUAUAGGGGUAAACAUAAGAAUACGGAGCAGGAAGCGAUCCUUGUCCACUUCAUGGAGUCGCAUAAAGACAUCGCUCGAGGUUUUGUUAAGGGUGACAAAGUAAAAGUUGAUGCCCUAUGGAAAGAGGUGGUGACAGAAAGGACACAGAAAGAUAUUUCUGGUUGGAAAAAGGUUUGGAUGGAUUGGAAGGCCUUCAUAAGGAAAAAAGUUGCACACAACAACUUAGAAGCGAGGGCAACAGGAGGAGGGCCAUUCAACAAGCACAUCCUCACUCCAACUGAAGACACAAUAGCCCAAUUAUGUGGUAUAUAUACCGUGGUGGAAGGUAUUCCCAGCACAGCAGACUUUGGUGUCCCUUCUGAAAAUUGCAAUGUGCCUCCAGAGAUUUCCAGCGAUGAUGACAACCUCCCAUCUAGAAGCAGUUCUGCUCGAUUCCGAAGACGUGAGCCUAUGGUAACCGACCACUUAAGGAAUAAUAUCGGUGAGCAGACAGGUGCCUUGAAAAGUAUUGUAGAUGGGUUGCAAGAAAAUAUUGAGGCCACAAAGAAAAUUAACACUAGCAUUCAAUGCCUUUGUGAAAGAGUAAAAGACUUGACUGAGGAGAACAAAAGACACCAUUUCGAAAUGGAGCGGCUGCGACAAUCAGAAAAUGAAAUGAAAUAUAAAGAGUAUGAAUUGGCUGAGCUGAAAAUGUAUUCUAAAUACCAGUGCAAACCAAACAGUAAUUAACUCCAUAAUUUCCUCUUUUAUAGUUUUUUAAAGAGUAUAAACACAGCGAUGUUUUUUACAAUAAUAACUUACCUUAUGACCGUACCUGUAUUUAAUACAUUCAUGUACAAUUUUGAAUUAAUUGUUUUGAGUUUUUUGAAAUUAGUGAAUUUAUAAUUAUUUUAAUUUUAGCUUUAAUAUUGAUAUUAAAAUUAAUGACAUUUUAAAAGUGUCUUUAAAUUUGAGUUUGUUUUAUUUACUUCGGUGCUUUAAACUUUCAGGAAAUUGUAUGAAGAUGAGUGGCUAUAUUCUCUCUUAAUGUUAUGGCUUCAGUAUCCAGUGUGGCAUCAUUUAAUACUCCCUCAGCAACUGCAGGUUCCAUUCUCUCGACUUCAGUGUCAACAGAAAAUAACUCCUGUACUUUGUAGUGUUUGCAAACAUUAUGUAACGCGCAGCAAACAUUUGUUAUUUGUACCACUUUUUUUGGUUGGUAUUGAAGAGGGCGUGCUAAGCAUCUAAACCUGCUUUUUAGCACCCCUAUUGUUCUCUCAACGACAUUGCGUGCCGAAGAAUGCUUUUGGUUAAACGUAUGCUGCGAUGUGCCAACAAGUGGAUCUCUAAAAGGCGUUAGCAAAUAAAUAUAGUUUAAAAAAACUAAAAAACACGCUUUUAAAGCAUAUCAAACCAAAAAGUGAAAAAUAAUUCUUUGUAUAAACUAACAAUAAUAAUGAAGGAAAAAUUCCUGCAUUAUUGUGAAAAUAACGUGGAAUGCUCGAUAUAUGAAAAAUAUGUCACAAAGCACCCCACGCUUUUCUCACAAUAAUGCAGGAAUUUUUCCUUCAUUAUUAUUGUUAGUUUAUACAAAGAAUUAUUUUUCACUUUUUGGUUUGAUAUGCUUUAAAAGCGUGUUUUUUAGUUUUUUUAAACUAUAUUUAUUUUUAAUUUUUUAGUUUUUCUUCUAUGAGAUUUGCCAAUAUUGUGAAAUAUAAACGAAUAUAACUUAAAUCGUAUUCUCCGCCAUUAGAUUCGGUGACAAUUUUUAAAAAGCUCACAUCGACGUGACAGCCAAAGUUAAAAAAAAAGAGUUUUCUACUACAGUUGCUUCUCGGAGGCAUUUUGAAAACUAGUAUCUGAAUUUUUUUUUACUACAAAAAUUUUAUUAUAAGUAUUAAUUUUUUUAUUACCUAAAAGUCACAUGUUUUGCAUUAUUAAUUUGAUAUUAUUUCUUAUAUGUACAUAUAUAUAUGUACAUAUGUAAGUAUAUGUAUCUAUAUAAAGUAUACUUUCUUUAAGGAUAUACAUAUGUAUAUUUCAGUAUAUACAUAUGCUACUCAAAUGUCGCCAAAACUAGUUUUAUAUAGAUGUCGCAUAUUUUUGGUGAGCUGCUUAAACUUACUGUCGCCUUCCUACAGUGUCUCUCAAAUAUUCUACGUUUCAGUACCACUUAAAAAAGUUACAAACAUACAUACAUACAUACAUACGCCUUCCUACAGUGUCGCUCAAAUAUUCUACGUUUCAGUACCACUUAAAAAAGUUACAAACAUACAUACAUA